UUUCUCUAUUACAACCCCAGUUUCAAGAAAAUCAGUCAGUACUCAAUAUGGUGGGAGAGAGGGUUGGGGAGAUAACAGGUUUGAGAGAAGAGCUUAUACUCAGAUCUUGUAAAUUAGCCAUUAAAGCCCAUGACAAGUACCCUGGGAAGCCUUAUAUUUAUGACAAAAAUAGGGGUUCCACAGAUGCUGUUUUUGCCUUUCCCGGCUCCUGGUUGGUCGAUCAUUGGUACAGUCGAAAGCCUUUUGGAGAAACUAAGGUUGACCUUUCCAAGUUUCCAUCUCUAAUAAGUCUUGGAAAUGAUGAAAUAGCCCUAGUAAAUGAAGCAUUUAGCACAAGAUUUGAACAACUUUUGAGCAAAUCAUCACUUGCAACUGAGGUGGAGAAAGCAGUAUCAGACAGAAAGCAAGUAGUAUUUACUGGGUAUUCCUCAGGUGGUCCAGUGGCAAUUCUUGCAGCCAUUUGGUUCUUAGAGAAAUAUGUUAGAUUGAAUGCUUCUCAGAUUCCUCCUUACUGUGUAACUUUUGGAUCCCCCCUAGUUGGCAAUCAGAUUUUUUCUCAUGCUCUCAGACGAGAAAACUGGACACGCUAUUUCGUUAAUUUUGUGACAAGGCAUGACAUUGUCCCUCGAAUAAUGCUAGCCCCUGUAUCCUCAACUGAACAAGGAUUGAAAUUAAUGCACGAGUUAACAACUACAAAGUCCCAGUAUUUUCAGCAUGCGUUUAUCCCCAAAAUCGAUUCUGCAUCUGCUUUCUUCUUGUCUGUUAUGAGAAAUGCUUCUUCUGUUGCAAGUCAUGCUGCAUGUAAUCUCAUGGGAUGCACAAAUUUGUUACUAGAAACUGUAUCUAGCUUCAUUGAACUCAGCCCAUAUAGACCUUUUGGGACCUAUAUUUUCUGCAGUGGAAAUGGAAAGCUGGUUGUUCUUGAUAACCCGAAUGCUGUUCUGCAGUUGUUAUUCUACUGUCUUCAGUUGAGUCCUGGAGAAGAAAAUUCAGAGUUUCUUUGUGGAAUCUUUAAAGAACAUUUGAUCUAUGAAAGUGAAUUGCAAGAAAGCUUAAACAUGCAAAAUGUGAUCUAUGUAGAAAAUCUCGUUGACGUACCCUUGUCUUCAGAUGCUGCCGGCACAAAUGAUGCAGCUGCCUUGGUGAACUCGGCUCUGAAUGAUUUAGGCUUGAGCAUGAGAGCUCGACUGUGUAUGCGAGCUGCUGGCGAGUUGGAGAUGCAAAAGCUGGAAAAUCAGAGAAAGGUUGAUUCUAAUAGAGACACCAUACGGGAUGGACUAAGGAGGAUACAGGAAUACCAGACAAACUGUGAGAUUCGCAAGAUUGGUUACUAUGAUGCCUUCAGAAACCAGAGAGAUACAAAUGACUUCAAUACUAAUGUCAAAAGGUUGGAGCUAGCAGGGAUAUGGGACGAGAUCAAGGAAAUGAUCAAAAGGUGCGAACUGCCAGAUGGAUUUGAGGGCCGGAAAGAGUGGAUAGAACUUGGAACCAUGUAUCGUAGACUGGUAGAGCCUUUGGACAUAGCUAACUAUUAUAGACACUUGAAGAAUGAGGAUACGGGACCUUACAUGAUUAAGGCUCGACCGAAGCGUUACAGAGUUACACAAAGAUGGAGGGAGCAUGCGGAAAGGAUGUCUGUUGGAUCAAGCUCAGAGUCUACUUUCUGGGCCGAGGUCGAAGAGUUGAGAACUAAACCAUAUUUAGAAGUACAGGAUAAA